AUGGCUGACGCGUUAACAUUCACCGUGAACGCAGAUCGCGUCGGUUUCGAUUUCGCCGAGCAUUAUUAUGCCGUGAUGCGGACAACACCGGAGUACGCAAACCAAUUUUACGACGAUUUUGGGGAGUACCGGACAAUCUAUGAAGACGGGACAGCGGUCGUGGCCAGAAACCGAUUGGAGAUGAAAGAGGUUCUGUUGCGACCCAAGUCCGCGCCUGAGUUAACAGUUAACUCCAUUAUUUCGGUACCCUGUGGAGGAUCGCUAGACCGACUGCUGGUCACAGUGACUGGCGAUUGUUUUACGCAUGUUUUCGUGGCGGAGAAACGUCCAGAACGUCUGCUAACUUACGCCAUUGUGGCGUCUGUAACUCAACAUCUUUCUGCCGGAGCAGCCGCUGACCGGUCGACAAUAGCAAGAACGUUCGCUGCAGGUGACUUUUGUGCAGACACUGGCGCUGAUGACACACCGACCGCUGGUUUAAAAGCGCAGGAACACGUAAGAUUAUCCAAAAAUAGAGCCACUUCUUACGAACCCCUUCCUGAUACUGUCACCGAUAACGGGCAACCCGAUAUCACUGAUGGAAACCCGCUGCUGAGAAUCCUAAACAUACCCGAUCCCGCCGAAUACACAAUCGAAAACAUUCCGAUCACGGAUGUAAAAGCAAAGAAACAAGUACGAUUUGCCCAAAAUAUAGCCAUUUACUACGAACCUCUUCCCGAUACCGUUACUCAUAACGCUCAAACCGAUAUCACAGAUGAAAACCUGGUGCUAGAAAUGGUAAACGACAUAUUUCGACACGUACCUCCUCCUGAAAUCCAAACCGACUACAAUCCUCCCUCUUCGAAUUACGCCAUCGAAAACUUGCCUCUAAGCAUUUUAACACACAUUAUUUUCAACACACCUCCUCCUAAAAUUGAAUCGUACUCACCGAAAAAUGCAAACAGGAAUAUACAACACAAUUCAACCGAAAAAUACUCACCUGUUGUAAUCAUAAAACAUGAACCCAAUUACACCAAAGUCUCAACCAACCGCGAACCCGUUUUAUCAAAAACUGUUUCCGAUAAUAAAACUCGUGGUUCAAAAGCAAAAAAACAAGUACGAUUUGCGCGAAAUAUAGCCACGUACUACGAACCCCUUCCUGAUGUUGUCACCGAUAACGGGCAACCCGAUAUCACUGAUGAAAACCCGCUGCUGAGAAUCCUAAACAUACCCAAUCCCGCCGAAUACACAAUUCAUAGUGAAUCUCUUCCUGAUACCUUAACAGAAAACAUUCCGAUCGCAGGUGUUAAAGCAAAGAAACAAGUACGAUUUGCCCAAAAUAUAGCCACUUACUACGAACCUCUUGUCGAUACCGUCAACGAUAUAGUGCAACCCGAUAUCACAGAUGAUAACCUGAUGCUCGAAAUGUUAAAGGACAUAUUUCUUCACACACCUCCUCCUGAAAUCGAAACCUCCUACAAACCUUCGUCUCCGGAUUACGUCACAGAAAACAUGCCGCUCAGCAUUUUAAAUCACAUUUUUCUCAACAUACCUCCUCCUAAAAUCGAGACUUUCCGCGAACUCAUCCCUCCAAAUACUGCCACCAGUAAUUUAAAUAUCAAUUUGGCCGAAAUAAAUCCACCUAGAAUCUUAACCCGCAUAUCCUAUCACUCCAAAAUCACCACUUAUCCCCAACCAUUUCAAAACACCGUUAGAUACCAAGUUCCCUUCAGCGUAUUUCAGCCGUUGAGAAACGUACCUAUGCAAAUAGGACCAAUGAUUACACAACCGAAUUUUCUAUUUACUGUCAAUGGUGGGGCGCACCAACUAUGGGUGAACCCUUAUAUUCAGCCUCGAAAUUUCCAUUUACCACCAAGCGUGCACCGCACUAAUAACGUGUGUAUACCGACAAUACGUCGGGGAUGA